UAUGUCUUCAGUCUUUGUGUUCCAAACCUCAGUCCGAAAGAGGAAUUAUGGUCGACUCUUGUUCUUCUUCUUCGUGCAAGCACUUCUCUACCCAACUGUGCGAAUGAUUCAAUCCAAAAUUUCUUGAAAGAUAGCGAACACCUUCAUAAUUCUAUACUUAUUCUGAUCAAGAAAUCAAGAUCACAACCGGUACAAGUUCUAGCUUUUAGAAAUUCCAGAUCAAUUUAGCCUCAUAGAAAGUGCCAAGACUUCUCUCUUGUUUCCCUCUCGUUCUCCCUUUGUUUCUUUGAUUUCAACCCCUUCCACAAAUCGAACCCAAGAAUGGACAGAGAAAGAGAGAUGGAGUACAGGUGUGUCCAGUGCGGGUUUGGGGUCAAAACAUUGUUCGUGCAAUACUCACCCGGGAACAUCCGACUCAUGAAAUGUGAGAAUUGCCAAGUGGUUGCCGAUGAGUACGUCGAAUGUGAAACCAUGAUUCUUCUAAUUGAUUUGAUUCUGCACAAACCCAAAGCAUAUAGACAUUUGCUUUAUAACAUGCUCAAGGAAGAAUCUCCAAAAUUCAAGGGUUUAUUGUGGAAAUUAACUAUUGGUUAUCUUCUUUUGGAUGUCUACAGGUAUCUUGUUUUAGAAAGUGGUGAUGAAGAGUGGGGUUUGUCCACAAGCUUUUCUUCAUUAGUUUGGACCUGUCGAAAGAUGUUCACAGAUGUCUUUCUCGGGAACUUCAUGUUACUUUUUACUUUUCUUCUUGUGAUGAAGAUAUCUCCGAGCAGAUGUGCUGGAACCCCACGGUGCAAAGACUUUUUGCUUGCAAUCUUGAUAUCAAGUUACUUUAAGAUAUUUCUUGUUGCCAUGAUGGUCUGGGAGUUUCCAUCAUCGGUGAUUUUCAUUAUUGAUUUAUUUGUUUUAUCAUCCAACACAAUGGCAGUACAAGUGAUAACUGAAUCAGGGAUGAGUAAAUGUAUAGGAGCCUGCUUCAUUGCGCAUGCUGUUAAGGCCUUCACCUCUCAGGUGCUUUAGCUAAGAUUUUUUAGAUAAGCAAACUUCUUUGGCCAUUUAAUUCCCCGGUCAUCAUGUUUAAAUAUUACAGAACAGAGCAUCAAUCUUAUUCUGUCUUAACCUUUUUAAGUACUCUUAUUCUCCUACCAAUGCAAUGGCAGUGGGUGGGAUUAGCUGGCGAGUAUAAUUUAUAUGUGAAUUAAAACUAGUCAAGUCAAUAGGAAAUAGAUUUGCAUAUUAUGUUAUCUGCCCAUCGAAGUUGAAUUGGCAUUCUGAUUCACAAUUUCAAUUUGUACUGUGGUCUCAAUCUUCUUUUUUGUAAUUUUAUCUUAAAAGCAUGAUGGUAAUAUAUUUAGCCGAUUAAUUCAAUUUAUUAGAGAAUGAUGCAACGUGAAAAUCAAGUAAUUUAAGAAAACACAUAAAUUUUUUUUUUUUUUUUUUUAUAAGUAAGAAAUCACAUAAAAUUUAAGCAUAACAUCUUGUAUAAUUCUCUAGUUCUUUAUUAAAUAUGCACAUCUAUGAUAUUUGACAGUCAUAAUCAAAUUAAAGAACAUGAAUGAGUUAAAAUAUACCAAAAGGCCAUAAUCAAAGAGUUACAAGAAUUGUAGGUACCAAUUUCUAUGCUAGCAUAAGCAAUUGAAUCUCAAUCUAUCUAAAAAACUAAUUUGGACCAUCAUAUAGAUACUUAAAUGAUCAUCAAUAUUACCUAAAUACUUGAAAAAUAUUUAUUUAGAUGUUCUUUUGGUGUUACACUGAUAUAUAAUGAAUUUGAUUAAAAAGUUAUUAAUGGAAAGUUUUUAUAAAGAAAAAUUCUUCUCAUCAGUCACUUUUCACUAUCCCACAGGGUCACAUCCCACACCCUAUAAAAAACAACCACACAUUCUAUGAAAAAAAAAAAAAGUUAUAGGUGUGGGGUGUAAAAGUGAAUAGUGACUGAUGCAUAGAAUUCUUUUUUUAUAAAUACCCUUCGUUUUUAGUAGGCAAAGCACUUUGGAAUUGGGACUUUGUGCUUGAGUGUGCUUUGCUUUGGUAGCAAGAGUUGCGAGGAGAGUGGAUGAUGUGACUCCUUGAAAUAAGUCUUCAUGCUUUGAAAAUUAUAUAGAACUAAUCACAUAGCUAAGCGAUGCUCGGGACCAAUCAUAGUUGAGUUAUAUAAUGAAAUAUAAUAGUUCUUUCAUCUUUGAAUGAGUCCAACACCAACCAGUUUUCCUGUAUUAUUUCUAAAGCAGUUGUAAUGUAUAUAUAUUUAAUCAUUGUAACAUUGGAAAAAUUAGCUGUGUAUCAAGAAAGUCAUCUGAUAUAUUCAAACUUAUCUGACUCUUUUAGAGUUGUCAUAGGAGGCUCAAUUUCUUCUUGGUUCUUACCACUAUAUAUCCUGAAAUUUGAGGUCCACCUUCUCAUAGUUGUAGUCGGAACUCGUGAGCAAAGUUACUUCUAAUUGUUGCAUGUCUAGCUGAAUCCUGCAAGAAGCAAAAGUUUCAUUUACAAUGGUGUAUUAAGAUAUGGAUUAUUUGAAAGAGUAGAUGAAGAAAAGAGUAUGUUAUAAAUGUACCAAACCUCUUCAUCUAUCAAUAUCAUUUCCAACGUAAUCAACUUGAAAGUUGUUUUUCUUCUUUUUUGUUGAAAACAUCUCAAAUAAGUUGUGCCACAUAUAGUCACUUUUACGUACUCUUUGCGUAUUCUACUGACCUUAUUAGUCAAAACAGUUAUUUUAUAUUAAAAAUAUGUGACGUAGCCAAUCUGUUAGGGAUCCCGAUCUUGUCCCUAGCACUAAGGACCACAAACUCGCCUUGGUGUGAAUGAUGACCGAGUAACCUUGCCAACUUGCUUGGCUUUCAACAAAGGGAUGGUGUUUGGGUGAUGGAAUGAUGGAGAUGAUGAUGAACUUGGGUAUGAUGCUAAGUGUUUAUGGAAGGCAAAUCAAUGUGGGCAGCUAGAGACUUGUUCUUGAGUGAGGCGCCAACAUGAUAGGGCUAGGGUUGAGUGGAUGAGAUGAGGCUAGGAUUACGGAGUGGAGGCAACUAGGGUUGCCAUGGACUGUGGGAAUGAACUAGGGUUGACGUGGUCUUUGAAGAUUAGCUUAGGAUUAUGGUUGUUUGAUGCAAUGUGGAUGGCUUGAGGGUUGCCUUUGAUAUUGGGGCCUCUUGGAUGAUGAUUAGGGUUGGUAUGGUGAAAUGUAGUUAGGGUUUUGUGUGGUGGCUAAGGGUGAUUUCGAGAUUGGGAAAAGAUGGACUAGAGUUGGAGUCUUGGAUGAGAUGUUAGGGUUUGGAAAGUGUUUGAAUGAGUCUAGGGUUGCUCCUUGAGUUUAGGGAUUAGGAGAUGGAAGAUAGGAUUUGAAUAUGGCAAGAUAGGAUUGGGAUCUUUAGUUGACUUGAGUGAUUGUAGUGAAUGAGAGAUUUGAGGAAUUGGAUAUGGUAGAUGAGAUGGAGUUUGAAUAAGUCAAGGGUUGCUCCUUGACUUUAGGGAUUGGCUAGGAUAAGUUAAGGAAGAUAGGAUUUGGAUUUGAAUAUGGCAAGAGGAUGGAGUCUUUGGUUGACUAGAUCUAUGGAAAGAGU